UUUGCAAGUCAUGUGUUUUCCGAAGAUUUUCCAUCCAGCCUGCCCAGCAGAGGAAGAUUCCAAACCGGUAUUUGGGCCAGCCCAGCCCCUUCACCCACCCACACCUUCUCAAACCAGGAGAGGUAACCCCAGGACUGUCACAGGUGGAAUAUGCUCUUCGCCGACACAAGCUGAUGGCGUUGAUCGAGAAGGAAGCCCGUGGCUGGGAUGGAUUGGACCACACAGUGAUUCUGCUGUCCAACCCCACGUACUACAUGAGCAAUGACAUCCCCUACGUUUUCCACCAGGACACUAACUUCCUGUACCUCUGUGGGUUCCAAGAGCCUGACAGCAUCCUGGUGCUGCAGAGCAUUCCUGGCAAAGCCCUGCCUUCCCACAAGGCCAUACUUUUUGUGCCCCGGAGAGAUCCAAGCCGAGAGCUGUGGGACGGGCCCAGAUCAGGCACAGAUGGGGCAAUUGCUCUCACAGGAGUAGAUGAAGCUUACACCAUCGAGGAGUUCAGGCACUUGGUGGCCAAGCUGAAAGGCGAGUCAAACAUUGUUUGGUAUGACUUGAACAAACCAGUGCAUGCAGAGCUGCACUCUGACUACAUGCAGCCCCUGUCUGAGAUAAAAGCUCGGAACAAAAACCACAUUCAGGGCAUCCGACACCUAGUGCAAAACCUUCGGGUGAUCAAAUCUCCUGCAGAGAUUGAAAGGAUGAAGAUAGCUGGACGGGUGACAGCAGAGGCUUUCAUAGAGACAAUGUUUGCCAGCAAAUCCCCAGUGGAUGAAGCUUUUCUGUAUGCAAAG